GAUUAAAGCCCUAGCAGCCUCUGACACGGUUGUUGCCUGGAGCCCACUUUCUCCUUUCUUUGAGCCUCCACACCAGCUGGGCUGUCUGACAAGAUUGAGGCGUUGCUUUCACGCUGCGCAGGCCAGACCCCGAGCUCCUUGCAAAAAGAAAAAUAGAAUUAGCAGCUCUAGUGAGGGCUGACUUUAAUGCACUUUUGUUUUUAAUAACCAGCAUCACCUCUGCUGGCUUCAUCUGGGUAAGAAACCCUGUGGGCUUAUCUUGAGAGUUACCACUUCCUGGCAGGCCAGCAUUCCUGGAGGCCCCAGUGAUGAAGGAAGGAGACGAUUAAGAAACUGAAGCCCAGAGAAGUGAUUUGCUGAAAAUCACAUCAAUAAUUAGUGCACAGCCGAGACGCAUGACUCAGAGUCCACGGGCUACAAGGGUGGGACUGAAUGAACUUGAGAGGCCAUGACACGAGGUUUUUGGACCACUGGUGAUACUUGUGCUGUUCACUUGGAUAUACAGUCCCCAUUUAUAGAGAUCCCACUAAGGAACACACAACUGCUCUUCAUUCUUUACAUCCACUACCUCUCAUCUGCCUUACAACCUUGCCAGGUAGACACAGCCCUCAAAGAUGGUGACUCCCUCCUGAGAUGCAGAACCACUUCGUACAAGAAAAGGCCUUCUCCCAGGUCACGGGGCUGGAUCUCCCAGACGCCUCCUGGUCCCAUAAACAGCUGAAGUCUCCACCCUCAGUUUCAGGAGAAUAUGAAAGUGUUACUCCGGCUUGUUUGUUUCAUAGCGCUACUGAUUUCUUCUCUGGAGGCUGAUGAAUGUGAGGAAAUUGAAGAACCAAUAAUUUUAGUUUCAUCUGCACAUGAAAUUGAUGUUCGUUCAUGUCCUCUUAACACAAAUGCAAGGGAAGGCAGUAUAACUUGGUAUAAAAAUGACAGCAAGACACUUAUUUCUAUGGAACGAGACUCCAGGAUUCAUCAGCAUAAAGAUAAACUUUGGUUUGUUCCUACUAAGGUAGAGGAUACAGGACAUUACUAUUGUGCAGUAAGAAAUUCAACUUACUGCCUCAAAAGUAAAAUAACUGCAAAGUUUGUACAACAUGAGCCUAAUCUGUGUUACAAUGCACAAGCCAUAUUUACACAGAAACUGCCCCUUGCAGGAGAUGGGCGACUUGUGUGUCCUUUUUUGGAUUUCCUUAAAGAUGAAAAAAAUGAAUUACCCAAAAUACAAUGGUAUAAGGAUUGUAAACCUCUUCUUCUUGACAAUAUCAACUUCAGUGGACAGAAAAAUAAACUCAUCAUGGCGAAUGUGAACACAGCGCAUAAAGGGAUCUAUACUUGUCGUGCAUCCUACACACACUUGGGAAAGCAGUAUCAUAUUACCCGGGUUAUAGAACUUCUUACUCUAGAGGAAAACAGACCCAUGAAGCCUGUGAUUGAGAGCCCAGUUAAUGGCACAUUAGAAGUAGAUGUGGGAUCCCAGCUACAACUGAUCUGCAAUGUCACUGGCUAUCCCACUGCCUAUGUCUCCUGGAAGUGGAAUGGGUCAUCAAUCGAUGAAGACGAUCCAGUGCUGGCGGAAGAGUAUACAACGGAAAGUCCUUUAACCAAAAGAAGGAAUAUACUCACAGUGCUUAAUAUUUCAGCAGUGGAAAGUAGAUUUUAUCUACAUCCAUUUACUUGUUUAGCUAGGAAUACAUAUGGUAAAAGUGCAGCAUAUGUCCAAUUGAAACGGCCAGUCCCUGACUUCCAGAAGCAUGUAAUCAGCAUAUUUGUGAUGCUAACAGUGAUAAUUACAUGCUGUGUUUUCAUCUAUAAAAUCUUCAAGGUUGACAUAGUACUUUGGUUCAGGGAUUCUUGCCAUGAUUUUAUCCCAAGAAAAGCUUCGGAUGGAAAGACCUAUGACGCAUACAUACUGUAUCCAAAGACCCAUGGGGAAGGAGCCACCUCUAAUUCAGAUAUUUUUGUGUUUAAAGUCUUGCCUGAGGUCUUGGAAAAACAGUGUGGAUAUAAGCUGUUCAUUUACGGGAGGGAUGACUACGUUGGGGAAGACAUUGUCGAGGUCACUAGUGAAAACGUAAAGAAAAGCAGAAGACUGAUUAUCAUUUUGGUCCGAGAAACAUCAGGAUUCAGCUGGCUGGGGAGUUCAUCCGAAGAGCAAAUAGCAAUGUACAAUGCUCUCAUUCAGGAUGGAAUUAAAAUUGUCCUGCUUGAGUUAGAGAAAAUCCAGGACUAUGAGAAAAUGCCAGAAUCCAUUAAAUUCAUUAAGCAGAAACAUGGAGCCAUACGCUGGUCAGGGGACUUUAGAGAGGGAUCCCAGUCUGCAAAGACAAGGUUCUGGAAGAAUGUCAGGUACCACAUGCCGGUCCAGCAGCUACCUUCCCCUGGGCCCCAGUUACUGUGCCCCACCACAAGGCCAGACUCUAAGGAGAAAGUGCAAAGGGAAGUACACAUGCCUCUCGGGUAGCAGGGAGAAAGAAUUGUGGCCAAGAGUCCAUGGUUGACUCCUGUCCAGUGGCUUCGUGGGCUGCGUCGUGCCUCCACUGACUUGUGCAGUCAAGAUGCACCUGUAUAGUCCCUUGUCCCCGAGGUCACCUGGAAUCGGAUUGUUAAGGGAGCAGGACAUGGUGACAACAGCAGGCCAAGGCAAUUCAGAGCAGAGGGCUUGGGAAGUCCUUUAAAAGAUCACAGAAAGCCUAUCUGAAUGCUGGAAC